UCUGUAAGUAUCACAUCCUGUGUGGCUGGAAACUCUGGACUAAGGAAGGGCUGGUGACUUUCAAAAGAUGAAGACAAGUAGAAAAUUCUACAGGACUGUGUGACAGCCCAGAGUCACCACCUCCCGGGAGUUUGUGAGCACUCGGCUGGAACCAGCAGGCUGGUCCACGGGCACAGUGCUAGUGGCACCAUCAUAUCACAACCCAUGGCCAAUCAGACCAUCAUAGUUCUGACACCAAAUGGCAUCAACUUUCCCAAAACAGAGGAUCCCAAAGCCACCAACCAGAGGCAAGACAGCCUAGAGAAACAUCUAAAGGCAGAUGUCAAAAUUCUUGGGACCAUCCAGAUCCUGUGUGGGGUGAUGGUGUUGAGUUUGGGAAUUAUUUUGGUAUCUGUUCCCUCUUCUCCACAAUUUGCCCCGACGCUUUCUGCCCUGUUGAAGGCUGCUUACCCAUUCAUAGGAGCCUUGUGUUUUGUCAUUUCUGGAAUUCUAUCAAUCAUCAUGGAGAAAAGGUCAACUAAGCCUUUGGCUCAGAGCAGCGUGGCUGCAAACAUUCUGGGUUCUCUGUUUGCUCUUAUGGGUUUUAUUCUCCUCUCAGUCAACCUGGCUGCUUUGGAUCCUGCCUUUUGGAAGUGCGAAUUGAACAAAGAGGACAAAGCACCUAUAGGGGAUUACUUUUACCAUUAUAUGCACCCAUAUAUUAAGAAUGAAUGUUUUAUGGCCAAAAAUACUCUGGCUGGAACUCUGUCUGUGAUGCUAAUUUGCACGGCGCUGGAGUUCUGCCUGGCCGUGCUCGCUGCUGUGGUUUGGUGGAAAAAGGCUCACUCCAACUUCACUGGGAGUGUGCUUUUCUUGCCUCAGAGUUACAAGAAUAAACCCUUGGCAAAACCCUUAAAUGCAUCUUCUGACCCUGGAUAUGAAGAACUAUUGACUUCUUAGGAGAAAUAUUCAUCAGGAAUUUGGUUUUAUGAUGUAAUAUAAAAACGAACCAAAGAAACUCAACUCAAGAAAGCAAAUUUUGAAUUCCUGAAAUGUAGGCUUUUAUAUAAUGAACACUGAAAAUAUAUAUCUUUGUUUUCUUGUUAUUGAAUAUAUGUGUUCAAUGGGGGUCUCUUCAUUUGCCAUUAGGCAAAGUGUAAAUGUGUAAAUUAUCAUUGCCUAGACUGCCAAACAGACAUUUACCAAGAAAGUAGACAGAACUCUGAUUCGGGGUCAUGGUGAAGUAAAGGAGACAACCCCUUCUUGUCCUCCUUAAUUGUCAAUGGGAGUUCACCGAGUAAUGGUGGUGUUCAGACUCUUUCAUGGUAGACACUAGUGUUGCAUCACACGAUUAUCCUCGUUAUAGCCUGCAGACAAGCCCCCCACAAUUAAGUCUCAGGAGCUAUGUGAGUAACUAGCUUCAAAAUAAAAUCUUUAUUCAAUUUC